AUGGCCUUCCGGCUGGAGGCUAGCAUUCUGGAGGACAGUUGGGACUUGUCCUGUUUUAAUGAUCACCUUCUAUCUGUCAGUGUUAUAGGUUCAAGUUCACUUAUUGCCUCUGCUGUAUUCCAGAAUAUACAGAAAUCUCCUGAGAUAAGGCCACUCUUUUAUAUGAGCUUUUCUGACCUCCUCCUGGGGAUAUGCCGGCUCAUUGAGGCACUUCUCUAUGGAACUUCAGCAGCCAAUAAGGACAUUGUUUGCUAUAACCUGCAAGCAGUUGGACAGAUAUUCUACAUUUCCUCAUCUUUUUACACCGUCAAUUACAUCUGGUAUCUGUACAAAGAGCUGAGGAUGAGACACAACCAGAGUGGACAGAACACAUUUGCACUGGUUGUAGAUUAUACUUGUCAUGUUGGUCAAAUAGCCAUCAUUUUGUCAAGCCUGAUACCUCUGCUGUUGAUGAUACCUGUAUUUUGUCUGGGCAAUGUCAGUGAAUGUUUCCGCAACUUCAGUCAGAGCCACAGGUGUAUUCUGAUGUAUUCACCACCGUCAGCCAUGGCUGAACUGCCUUCUGUCAACACAUCAGUCUGUACCACACUUUAUUUUUAUGGGAUCACCAUUUUCCUGACCAGCUUUCUCCUCAGCCUCCUUGCUAUUGUGGUCUUACUCAUCCAAACCCAGACCCUAUAUAAGAAGUUUGUGAAAUCGACUGGCUUUCUGGGGACCGAACAGUGGGCAGUGAUUCACAUCGUGGAACAGCGAGUGCGCUUCUAUCCAGUGGCCUUCUUUUGCUGCUGGGGCCCAGCCGUCAUUCUGAUAAUCAUGAAGUUGACUAAGCCACAGAACACGAAGCUUCACAUGGCCCUCUGUGUUCUCCAGGCUCUAACAGCAUCAUCCCAGGGUCUGCUCAACUGUGGAGUAUAUGGCUGGACACAGUACAAGUUCUACCAACUAAAGCAAGAGGCUCGGCGUGAUGCAGACACCCAAACACCAUUAUUAUGCUCACAGAAGAGAUUCUAUAGCAGGGGCCUAGAUACAGUGGAGUCUACCCUUGCUUUUGCUACCAGCCCUCCACCAUUCUUUGAAACUGUAAUACUGGAACAUCCAGGAACUGGAGUUAUUCCACACUAA